AUGUUCGGAUUCGGUAACCACGAGGAGGCUGCUGACUUUGUCUACAACCAGGACCCGCAGGAGCACCAGUCCAAGUUCUCGCACGAGGCCGUCGGAUUCGGUGCCGGCUUCGUCGCCAUGCGCGAGUACGAGAAGCGCCAGGAGUCCAAGGGCGAACACCCCAAGCACGAGUUCGCCAAGGAGAUGCUCGCAGGCAUCGCAGGCGCAGAGGUCGACAAGCUCUUCGAGACCAAGGGCCUUGACUUCCUCGACCGCGAAGAGGCAAAGCGCCACGCCCGCAAGCAGGCCGAGCAGCUCUACGACCAGCAGUACGGAAACUAA